AUGGCCGAAGUCCCAAGCGCCGGUGACGUGAGCUAUCCCAACCCUGACGGCAGCAUCAGAGAUGUUGUGACAAACGGUCCUGUUAUUGACAACAUCAAGUCCGAGGCCUCGCGUACCCAGGAGGAAUUGCGCGACCUGAGAUAUACGAGCUCAACUCCGUCAACAACCACUGCGACCGGCCAGCCCCUGACCUACUAUCAUUCCUUGCUCUACAGACUCCUGAGCUGGGAGCAACCCAGAGCUACUGCCGUUUCGUUUGCGAGCGUCGUCGCCUUCAUCUUUGCCGCCCGUUACCUGCCUCUUCUUCGCUGGUUCUUCAAGUUUAUGUAUCUGGCUUUGGGAUUCACUGCUGCGGCCGAAAUUGGUGGUCGUCUCGUGCUGUCCCAGGGCCUCGCCAGCUCUUUCCGCCCUCGCAAAUACUACACAGUACCCAAGGAAACUGUUGAGGCAGUCUUGGAAGACCUCGAACAGCUCGUCGACUUCCUUCUCCUCGAGUUCCAGCGUAUUCUGUUCGCCGAGAAUGUUGUCCACACUGUUGCUGCCUUCUCUGCUGCUUUUACUGCCUACUGGCUGAUCAAGUUCCUCCCAUUCUGGGGAUUGUCUUUGAUUGGUGUCACCAUCGCCUACCUGGGGCCUCUUGUCUACAUCAACAACCGCGAAGUUAUUGAUGCUCAAAUUGAGAAUGCCCAAGGAGUCAUCAACUCCCAAGCCCACCAAUUGAAGGACCUCGCGGAGGAGCGUACCCACCAUGCCACCGGUCUCGUGAAGCAGUACGUCGGUGAUUACAGCGCCAAGGCUCAAGAGUACAUUGGUCACCGUCGCAGUGCUUCGCCAGAGAUUAGCAAAGCCGCUGGUCCUGUUGUCAAGAAGGAGCCUAGCGCCGAAGCCAUUGUCAAGCAGGAGCCCAGCCCCGAAUUCGUCAUCAAGACAACGGACUUCCCGGAGGCCCCCAAGCAGGAGCCGGUAGCAGAACCCAUUGAGCACAACCGCCAGCCUCUGGAGACCAGGGAGCCUCUGCUGGCUGCUUAA